AUGGCUGAAGCGCUCAUUAUCAUAUCUGGUGUGCUGUCGGUCGUGGCUGCAGUCGGCAGCGUGUAUGAUGCCACCGAAGACGAAAUGGGCCUAUUGCCUGACUUCAAAAAGGCAGUAGCACUACUUCCUCUUCUCUCAAGCCUCCUCGAUGGUAUGGAGAGAUAUGUCAACGAGGAAACAGGCGACACCAACAUUGCGGCUCUCACACCUGCUCUAAAAAGUUGCAGAACGAAGGUUGCACAGCUGCAUCAAAUAUUGGAGAAUGUCGUUCCAGUAGAGGGCGAGUCCUGGACUAGACGAAAAUUCAAAGCUUUCCGAGCAAUCGGCAGAGGUGGCCGCGUGAAGAAGCUGGUAGAAGGACUUCUGAAGGACCUACAGCUCAUAGCGGCGAAAUUCCCUGAGGAUGUUUCACUGAUAGAACAAAAGAACUUGACAAAGGCGAUUGAGGAAGUGAGCAAGUUGAAAUCAUCCUUUCCUGACUUUUUUGAGGAGACGUCCAUCUCUGCACACUAUGGCAGUGCCGCCGAGGAUGUUGAUACUGGAUUUGGAAGCCAGUAUAACAACCACAUCACAGGCCGCCAGAACAAUGAUCCGGACCAACAGUGUAUCGACACUAACCUCGUCGACUCGUUGACUCGUAUAACUUUCGGCGAUAGAUAUUAUCAUUUUCAAGCGGGGAAUGUCACGUUGACAAUGAGCCUACCAGCAGACUUCCACCAUCUUCCUGGCAAAGAGCGAUCAGAAGCUUCGCCAUCGAUUGGGCCCAAGAUGAGAAUCAGCCGUGACGGCACGAAACUAGAGAUGAAGAAACGUACGGAAAGCCUCUGGCUGCGUCCACUAUCUUGGACGGAACAAAAACCACUCGAGAAGGGCAAGAGUCCUAGCAAUGAUGUCACGGGCGACUACACACUCUCAAUUACAGACGGACUGUCUGUUUAUACAAAAGGUUAUCCAUAUCGCCUGUCGACAUUACUUAAACUCGUCUUUCCCGUCCGCGCCAUUGUCCAUACGGUGCCACCAGUCCCUCCAGGCCAAUCCAGGGUGCGAUGGAUUUGUACUUGUGGGGAAGAGCUACGCCCGUCCUGGCUCUCCCUCAAAGGGGUCAGCAAGGUCUCUUUGACUCGGUUUCGAGUCGACGAGAACCAUUUUGCAGAUGUACAUCACCACGAUAGCCUUUGCAGCAACAACUGCUCAUGUCUUCCCCCAUUGGAAAAGGUGCAGGCAAAGGAGUAUCGCUGCAGCCCGGCGCCCGAGAUCGACCUUGGCUACUUUCCCCCGAUCGGGGCAAAUGCUCUGACGCACUACUUUCAAAGGCCACACGCGUUCAACACGGCACAGAAAACUAUAUUCAACCAGGUCCCCAAGCGAGGACAGGGUGUGUUGAGCAUCGGCGCAGACGAAUGGCAGCUAGGAUGGGGUAUACAUAUCGCCGAGGGCUGGCACUGGCGAUGGAUAUACUUUAUUAUCGUGGUCCCUCUGCUUCUUGGAGGCUUCAUUUUCGGUAUUACAUGGUCUGUUACAAAGGGCGAUAUUCAGUCCGCAUUUGCCAUUGCCGCUUCGUGGAUGGCUCUGGCACCCGUAUUACUAGGCUACAUUGCCGUCCGUGACUUGGAUUAA